CUCCCGGCCGCCGCCGCGCGCGACACCUGGCGGGCUCCCUCCCUCCAGUCCACGCCGGCUGCCUGGGCUUGCAGUAACCGCCGCCGUAGGCGCCGCCGACCGCACCAGCGCAGGCUCCCGAGCCGGCGGCGGGGCCGGCGGCUGAGGAUGAGCUGGGGCCGGGCCUUGCGGACCCGCAGCCAAGUGGAACGGCAGGAACCCCGCUUUAGCAGCAGCCCCCAGUCCGCCAUGCUGGAUCCUCAGGGCCUACCGCGCGAGAAUCUCGCGAGAUCCCGUCGGUCCGCCCCGCUGCCCUCCCAGCUGCCGAAAGGAGGGGCCUCGGAGCCGCCGGCGCCCUCUGCCGGCAACCUCCGGAAGCACACUAGGAGGUUCCAGCCGAUCUGGUCGAGGGGGCUCCACGGAGGACUCCAUUUACAUUACGCAAAUUCCCUACCCCAGCCGGCCGGAGAGAGAAAGCCAGAAACCUCGCGACCAGCCAUGGGCCAACUCUCCGGAAAAACACCGGGAUUUUUUUUUUCUCCUGCAGAAAAAGCUUUAGGAUUGGCAGUUUAAACAAAACAUGUCUAUUUGCAUACCUUCGGUUUGCAUGCAUUUGUUUCGAAGUGAGCAACCCUGGGUAACAAGGCGAAAGUAUAUGACAAUUUGCUCAGAAUCUUAAUGUCAGAAAACUGGAGACUGGGGCAGGGGGGUGUCGACUCAAAGCUGUGUCUCAUUUAGUAAACUGAGGCCCAGGUAAAAAGUUCUGAAACCUCGCAACACCCGGAGAAGUUGUGUUCCAGCCUCCCACCUCGCCCCAAAAUGCCAGAGCUCCUUUUCUAAGCCAGGUGAAGUCACAGAGCGUGGACGGAACCCACAACCGUCCAGAGGAAGGGUCACUGGGUGCCACCUGGUUUGCAUCUGUGCCUUCGUCCUGCCCAGUUCCUGAGUGGGACCGCAGGCCCGGAAUGUCAAGGCAAACAGUCCUGCUUCAGCCACUGGGCUCCAGUCCCACCCCUUUUGGGGGCCUGAAGUUAGGAAGCAUCCGGCAGCUGCCUUCUAUUUAAGCAACUGGCCUCCUUAGAGGCCACUCCUUGGCCAUGCCAGGCGCGGGCAUCUGGCCAGCAUGCUGCUCUGCACGGCUCGCCUGGUCGGCCUGCAGCUUCUCAUUUCCUGCUGCUGGGCCUUUGCCUGCCAUAGCACGGAGUCUUCUCCUGACUUCACCCUCCCCGGAGAUUACCUCCUGGCAGGCCUGUUCCCUCUCCAUUCUGGCUGUCUGCAGGUGAGGCACAGACCCGAGGUGACCCUGUGUGACAGGUCUUGUAGCUUCAAUGAGCAUGGCUACCACCUCUUCCAGGCUAUGCGGCUUGGGGUUGAGGAGAUAAACAACUCCACGGCCCUGCUGCCCAACAUCACCCUGGGGUACCAGCUGUAUGAUGUGUGUUCUGACUCUGCCAAUGUGUAUGCCACGCUGAGAGUGCUCUCCCUGCCAGGGCAACACCACAUAGAGCUCCAAGGAGACCUUCUCCACUAUUCCCCUACAGUGCUGGCAGUGAUUGGGCCUGACAGCACCAACCGUGCUGCCACCACAGCUGCCCUGCUGAGCCCUUUCCUGGUGCCCAUGAUCAGCUAUGCGGCCAGCAGCGAGACGCUCAGCGUGAAGCGGCAGUAUCCCUCUUUCCUGCGCACCAUCCCCAACGACAAGUACCAGGUGGAGACCAUGGUGCUGCUGCUGCAGAAGUUCGGGUGGACCUGGAUCUCUCUGGUUGGCAGCAGUGACGACUAUGGGCAGCUAGGGGUGCAGGCACUGGAGAACCAGGCCACUGGUCAGGGGAUCUGCAUUGCUUUCAAGGACAUCAUGCCCUUCUCUGCCCAGGUGGGCGAUGAGAGGAUGCAGUGCAUCAUGCGCCACCUGGCCCAGGCUGGGGCCACCGUCGUGGUUGUUUUUUCCAGCCGGCAGUUGGCCAGGGUGUUUUUCGAGUCUGUGGUGCUGACCAACCUGACUGGCAAGGUGUGGGUCGCCUCAGAAGCCUGGGCCCUCUCCAGGCACAUCACUGGGGUGCCCGGGAUCCAGCGCAUUGGGAUGGUGCUGGGCGUGGCCAUCCAGAAGAGGACUGUCCCUGGCCUGAAGGCGUUUGAAGAAGCCUAUGCCCGGGCAGACAAGGAGGCCCCUAGGCCUUGCCACAAGGGCUCCUGGUGCAGCAGCAAUCAGCUCUGCAGAGAAUGCCAAGCUUUCAUGGCACACACGAUGCCCAAGCUCAAAGCCUUCUCCAUGAGUUCUGCCUACAACGCGUACCGGGCUGUGUAUGCAGUGGCCCAUGGCCUCCACCAGCUCCUGGGCUGUGCCUCUGGAGCUUGUUCCAGGGGCCGAGUCUACCCCUGGCAGGUGCCUAAGUCUGUGUGUUCCAGCGACUGUCUUGAAGGGCACCAGCGAGUGGUUACGGGUUUCCAUCACUGCUGCUUUGAGUGUGUGCCCUGUGGGGCUGGGACCUUCCUCAACAAGAGUGACCUCUACAGAUGCCAGCCUUGUGGGAAAGAAGAGUGGGCACCUGAGGGAAGCCAGACCUGCUUCCCGCGCACUGUGGUGUUUUUGGCUUUGCAUGAGCACACCUCUUGGGUGCUGCUGGCAGCUAACACGCUGCUGCUGCUGCUGCUGCUUGGGACUGCUGGCCUGUUUGCCUGGCACCUAGACACCCCUGUGGUGAGGUCAGCAGGGGGCCGCCUGUGCUUUCUUAUGCUGGGCUCCCUGGCAGCAGGUAGUGGCAGCCUCUAUGGCUUCUUUGGGGAACCCACAAGGCCUGCAUGCUUGCUGCGCCAGGCCCUCUUUGCCCUUGGUUUCACCAUCUUCCUGUCCUGCCUGACAGUUCGCUCAUUCCAACUAAUCAUCAUCUUCAAGUUUUCCACCAAGGUACCUACAUUCUACCACGCCUGGGUCCAAAACCACGGUGCUGGCCUGUUUGUGAUGAUCAGCUCAGCGGCCCAGCUGCUUAUCUGUCUAACUUGGCUGGUGGUGUGGACCCCACUGCCCACUAGGGAAUACCAGCGCUUCCCCCAUCUGGUGAUGCUUGACUGCACAGAGACCAACUCCCUGGGCUUCAUACUGGCCUUCCUCUACAAUGGCCUCCUCUCCAUCAGUGCCUUUGCCUGCAGCUACCUGGGCAAGGACUUGCCAGAGAACUACAACGAGGCCAAAUGUGUCACCUUCAGCCUGCUCUUCAACUUCGUGUCCUGGAUCGCCUUCUUCACCACGGCCAGCGUCUACGACGGCAAGUACCUGCCUGCGGCCAACAUGAUGGCUGGGCUGAGCAGCCUGAGCAGCGGCUUCGGCGGGUAUUUUCUGCCUAAGUGCUACGUGAUCCUCUGCCGCCCAGACCUCAACAGCACAGAGCACUUCCAGGCCUCCAUUCAGGACUACACGAGGCGGUGCGGCUCCACCUGACCAGUGGGUCAGCAGGCACGGCUGGCAGCCUUCUCUGCCCUGAGGGUCGAAGGUCGAGCAGGCCGGGGGUGUCCGGGAGGUCUUUGGGCAUCGCAGUCUGGGGUUGGGACGUGUAAGCGCCUGGGAGAGCCUAGACCAGGCUCCAGGCUGCCAAUAAAGAAGUGAAAUGCGU